GUUUUCUCAACUUUUUUGCAGAGUUGGCAAAAUUUCAUAUUUUUUAAACAAUAAACAUAUUAACGAUACAUGCGUAAACUUUUAUUUAAAAAAAAUCAAUGAUAACACACUUUCUAUAUUGGCAUUGUAUGUCUAAACACAAAUAUUCGAAUUCUGUUGUACUUUCGGUGAGCUGGAUUGAUGUAUUGCGAAACAGAUCGUUAUAUUUAGUUUGUUAUUUAUUUUUAGUACUUUCUCAAAUUUAAUAUUUAAAAUUUAAGUGGUUUUUCUUUGUGAUCGUAUGAACAUUUAAGGAACAUUUUUUUUUACAAGUCUCUUUGUCUAUAAAACUUGAAUAAAUGUUCUAUUUUUUAAAUGCUGUUUUACACAAUUCGGACACGAAAGCGUUCAAUCGUUAUCGUUAUCACCGAUGUCUCUUGGAUUAGCAUUUUGUUCUAUAGAUAAAAAACGCUUCGUGUUAGGUAGAUCUCAUAAUAGUCACAGCCAUGUGCGUUUUUAUUACGACUCGAAAGAUACUUUAAUUGUAAACGAGAAAACUUUCUAAUCCCCAAGAAAUCACACUUUCACUGUCGCGAAUCGUCGACGCGUCUCGGCAUUCUUACGCAUUCUUAGAAUUUAAACUGAAUUCGUUGAAAUCGGGUUAAUCAUUGACUUGAUUAACGUCUCUCAUUACGCUGGAAAAGUAAGACUUCGUUUAAUAAAGAUGUUCGUGUCACGUAUUGAAAAUUAUUAAAAAUCUCAGGAUGCAUUUACGACUAAAUUUUUUUGAUGUUGUUCGUUAGGGGAAAAAAAGAAUAAAUCUAAGUAGUCUGCAGUUUUUUAAUUUUGAUAACUUUUUACCGGUAUUUAGCCAAAACAUCCAUAAAAAGAUUAAAAUUAUCAAUGAGUUGUCUCACGAGUCAUUCUCGGCGUACUCGCUCAAUCGAUCGCGACACGAUAAGAGCGCAGAAUUCAUUUGCGACGCUUUUCGGUCGCUUAUCGGUGCAUCUCGCGUAGGCAGUUCAUAUGCUUGUUAUCCUUAGCGAUCAAGAUGAAUGCUUGCGUCACGAACACGAGUAUCGUAGCGAAUAGGUCUUCCUGCACCGAUUUGCUGCAUCGUUGUCGUCGUCGCCGCGUCGGCGGCGACUCCAGAUGCGAACGGUGCGAACACGGUGACGUCAUUUGAAUUGAAAGGAAUCUGAUAUCACAGCUGAGAGGGAGACGUGGAAUCAGACGUACCACUAUUCGCUCGGUAUAUUAUACCAUACGUACGGGACGGCAUUGAAUACAAUUGUCACACGCGAACGUUCCAGUAAACUCGUUUACGCUACACCGUGAUCCGCACAACGGAUAAAGAAUGAAUAUUUUUGUUUCGAGAAUAUCUUUAUCUUUGAACUGUUAAAACAUCGAAAUGAAAUUAUGUAGCAUCAAAUAGACAUGAUUUACUUGCACACAAAGAUUUCGUAUAGUUUUAAGAAAAAAAAAAACAUUCUUAUUGUAUAAAUUAUAUCCAAGCAAGAUUAUUAUUGUUUCACAUAUAAGCAACAAAUUUCUUAUAUAUGAAACAGUGAUUAUUAAAAAGGGAAUAUAUUAGUUUCAAUUCGAUACUGCUUUUUUUUCUGUGUGUGCAACAAUUCUCCGAAUGAGCGUGGGUGCUUGGCAAUACGUAACGAGGAUACUGUAAUUAUUCGAUUGCAAUGGAAUAUGGUAAUAGACGCUGAUAAGACAUCUGUGCAACUAGCACCCUGUUUUUAAAGUUUUGAAAUAAUAACUAAUCACCAAUAGUUUCGCGAUGCGUCGUGGGUGGGCUCGCUGCUUCGGCAAUUACGUUACCGCAUCGUGGUAGACACACUUAAUGCAAUAACUGCCAUCGCCAUCGGUGGAUAUUAUCGAAUUACCGAUCUUUACCAACUGCAUUUUGUGCCAAAUUGCUGUGGCAUGCUUUAUUGUCGUGCAGUCGUACACUGCAACGGUAUUUCUUCCCAAUGAUGACAGACUGACCAAAUUAUAACAAAAAAAACAUCAAAUAAACUAAUUUGACUUUUCCAGAUUUAUUUCGUCUUUAGAUCGCUUUCAUUCGAGAGAUUGUAUACUAAUGUCUUAAGUGUCUUUCAAAAUAUAGUUAUUUGGAAAUCAUCAGGUAAACGUUUCACAUCGCGCAAAUUGCAAUUACCAUGAUUAGCAUAGCAUACAGUUCGGUGAACUCUCGCAUUAUUUUGAUGAGAGAUCUGGGUCUGUUAGAACGGGAACUUGACAUGGUUCGCUACAGUUUGCUAAUUAAAUGUAGUUAUUUUUCUUUCUUUUUUUUCAAUUAAAUGGGAAACUAUUUUUUUUUAUUGUACUCGGUAAUUUUAAUUGCGAAAAUUUUUCGCAUGCGCGUACUAUGUUGAAAUCAAAUUUCAAUGCGUUAAUAAACCGUUAGACUGCUUCACGUUGGACAGAGAUCUUACGUCUCCUGAUUAUGACGUUACUCUCGAUUAUGACGAGUCUUUCAAAGCGACAGAUUUAUAAUCCAUUAAGUACUUCACUCGUUAAAUAUGCCAUUCAAGUUUGAUUAAUCAUAUAACCGUCUGACAAGCACCUCCGGCAGAAAUGGUGACGAUGAGACGUCCGAGCAGACUCGGAUACUCCGAAAGGUGAAUGCCGAUAAGGCGUGGUCAUGUUCACGUGGCACUACCUCUAACAUCUCGCUGUGAAAAACUGUGAUCUAGAAGAAAUGCAGUACGAAAAUAGUAUACAAAUAGAACGAAAACAUGCCGGAAGAACAAAAGCCUGCUGGUGCUCCAGCGGAAGUAACGGCAGAAAAUGGGACUGGAACGAACUCGCCUACAAAGAGUCCGGUUAGCAGAGGAAAGCUGGCUCUUGCCAAAGUGACUCUCCUUGAUGGCACUGUACAGGAUUUCUAUAUCGAUAGAAAGGCAAUAGGCCAAGACCUUCUCGAUAUGAUUUGUCAAAGCAUGAAUCUGCUAGAGAAAGAUUAUUUUGGCCUUAUCUACGAGGACAAACAUGAUCCUCGCAAUUGGUUGGAUCUUCACAAGAGGAUCACGAAAUUCGUAAAAACUGAGCCAUGGAAGUUUAAUUUUGAAGUGAAAUUCUACCCACCGGAUCCAGCUCAAUUACACGAGGAUAUUACGCGUUAUCAGUUAUGCCUGCAGAUCAGAAAUGAUAUUAUUACAGGGCGUUUACUUUGUUCCUUCGUGACACACGCUCUGUUAGGCUCUUAUCUGGUUCAAUCGGAAGUUGGAGAUUACGAUCCCGAGCAACAUGGAAAGACAUAUUUGAAAGAUUUUAAAUUUGCCCCUAACCAAACGCCCGAAUUAAUCGAAAAAGUGAUGGAUCUCCAUAAAACGCAUAAAGGUCAAACACCUGCUGAGGCAGAAUUACAUUAUCUCGAAAAUGCAAAAAAAUUAGCUAUGUACGGUGUGGACCUUCAUCCCGCGAAAGACUCGGAAGGUGUUGAUAUAAUGUUGGGUGUAUGCGCUUCGGGCCUUCUUGUUUAUAGGGAUCGUUUAAGGAUUAACAGAUUUGCCUGGCCGAAGAUAUUGAAAAUAUCUUACAAGAGGCACAAUUUCUACAUUAAAAUUAGACCAGGUGAUUUUGAACAAUUUGAAUCUACAAUCGGAUUCAAAUUGGCGAAUCACAGAGCAGCGAAAAAGUUAUGGAAAGUAUGCGUGGAGCAUCACACUUUCUUCAGACUUAUGAGUCCGGAGCCUGUGAAGAAAGUGGGAUUAAUUCCACAUUUAGGGUCUCGUUUUCGAUAUUCUGGAAGAACUCACUAUGAAACGAAAAAGACUCCUAUCGAUAGGCAACCUCCGCAAUUUGAAAGAUCUUUGAGCGGUCGACGACUUACGUCUAGAAGCAUGGAUGCAUUAGGUGGGCCUAAACCAGUUGAAACGUAUGGUUCCGAACCAAGCAAACGACAUACUAUGAGCUACGAACCUGAAAUGCUUCCCGAUGAUAUAGAACAUAUAGACAGACGGCCUAGUCCAAUCAAGAAACAAAAAGAGAAGCUCACACGAAAAACAAGUGCCGGAACAACAUCAGCUAGCAGUACCAGUAGCCUGGAAGGAGAAUACGAUGCAGAUCGUGGGAGAAAGAAACCGGUCGGAGGAAUCGCUGUCCUACCGCCCGGUAGUCUAUCAAAGAAGAAGAAGGAUAAACAGAAUGAAAACGAAAAGGAAAAUCACAAUGAUCUGAAUAAUACUGAUCUGAUUAAUGACAAUGCUCAUCUUGACAGUAUUGAUGAUAAAUCAUUAUCUAAAAAAGAAUUUAAAAAGAAGGAUAAAGAGACCCCCGAAAAAAUGGAUAAAGAAAAGAAGGAAAAAAUUAAGAGUCCUGUCGGCGGUUUCCUGUUUACGAAGAAGGACAAGGAUAAGAAACAGAAAAAAAAUAAAGAACUUGAAGAAUCCACGGACAAAAGUGAUGUCGAAUCGAAUCUUUCUACAUCGGAAAAACCAGGAAAAGAAGUUGAUAAGAAAGUAGAUAAAAUUAAAGAACCCACAAAAUCUCCUCAGCUUCCCGGUUACACAAAACCUUACGAUUACGAAGAAACGGAAGCUUUACCUGCAAAAAAGCCGUUCACUCCACAUGGCUUUACGUACGAAGAUCGACCUGCAUCGCCAGGUAUACAAGACCAACCAUCGCCUACGUCAGCUAGUCGGAAAGCUACGGGAUUGGCAUUUAAUUAUGCUCCAGGCGAAGAGAAGAAGGUAGCAGAAUCUGUGGAAAAAAGGAAAACGAAGGAAGCAGACAAACAACCAAUAGGAUUAAAAACACCAGGACUCAAUUAUGUUGAGUCUGCGGGUCUUAAAGAGCAACACAAGAAUACUGCAAAAGCAGGUAUCGAAAAGGACCAAACAACGGCUUUCAUCGACAGUGAACGCCAACAUGGAGAUAUUGUUGGUCAACCUGUAACAAUCCCACCAUCAGCACCAGUGGAAUCCAAACCAGAUUAUCACAUUCUACCUCUUCCUGAUGGCUCAAGAAUCAUUGGAGGUGUGAUUUAUACCAAAGAGGGUAAACCGUUAGAUCAAAGUCACCUUGGACCAGACGGUAGCAAAGUAAUAGAUGGCAAAGUUUUUGGAAAAGAUGGUAAACCGCUGAAGAAGGCAGAUUUUGGACCGCAUGGGAUUCAUGUUAGCAAUGGUACAAUUACCGGAAAGGAUAAUAAACCUUUCCAUCAGGAAGUAUUAGGUACAGAUAGAAAUUUAAUAAAGAAUGGAAUUAUUUAUUCUUCUAAUGGUGAAGUUGUGAAAGAAUCUUUUCUUGGACCAGAUCAUGCAGUCGUCAAAGACGGAAAGGUAGUAUUAAAGAACGGUAAACCGAUUCAGCAUUGUCAAUUAGGUGCAGAUGGGACGUAUGUGAAAGAUGGUCUUAUAUUUACGUCUGGAUCUAAACCUAUGACCCAAGGAUCGUACGAUGUGAACGAAAAGUAUAUAGUUGCUGGUGUAGUAUGUAACGAAGAAGGCAAGCCCUUGAAUCAGAUCGCGAUUGUACCCGACGAUACAUUUAUUUGUGAUGGCUUAAUAUACGGACGGGACGGAAAAUCACUUAACACAGGCAAAUUAGGUCCUGAAGGUCAUUAUAUCGCGGAGGGGAAGAUUCAUUCAAAAGACGGUAAAUUGAUUAAACACGAGUCCUUCAGUUCCGACGGGUCCGUUGUGAAAGACGGUAUAAUUUACUCGAAAGAUGGAAAAUUUCUGACUCAAGGCUCCUUGUUACCGACCGGUGCUUAUUUAAAGGAUGGAAAAAUAGUCAGCAAGGAUGGCAAACCCAUCAAGUACGCGUUUUAUAAAUCCGAUGGUAGUUUCGUAAAAGACGGUGUGAUACACGGAAAAGACGCCAGACUCUUGAGUCAAAUUCCAUUGAUAGCCGAUGGUCACUUUAUAAAAGAUGGUUUAGUGCACAACAGAAACAAUAAGCCCUUGUCUCAAGGUCUCUUUAAGCCUGACGAUCUUAUAAUUAGAGAAGGUACAUUACGCAAUGCAGAUGGUACAGUAUUAUCAAACGCCAUGAUCGGUCCUGAUGGAUUUGUAGUGAAGGAUGGCACGAUUUUAGGGAAAGAUGGCAAACCGGUAAAACAUGAGUUAUUCGGUUCGAAUGGAAGCUAUAUAAAGAAAGGUAUCGUUUACGCGAAAAACGGAAAGCCGCUUAAUCAAGAUUCGCUGGUGCCCGAAGGUGCGGCUAUUAAAGACGGCAAAAUAUAUAACAGAGAAGGGAAAUUACUAAAGUUCUCAUUCUUUAAACCGGACGGUAGUUUCAUCAAGGACGGUCUCAUAUACGGUAGCGAUAAUAAACCGUUGAGCUUGAACGCGCGUUUACCGGAAGAUAGUUUUAUCGUCAAUGGCGUGAUAUUCGAUCACUCAGGAAAACCCUUGAGCAGGGAUUCACUUGGAUCUGACGGUUCAUAUGUCGCGGGUGGUUUAGUCUAUGAUAAAGAUACCAAAAUCAUAUUGCAAGGUGUAUUUGGUCCCGACGGCAACACGAUUCGAAAUGGCAUUAUAGUAGGAAGAGACAGCAAGCCCUUGACUCAAGACGAUAAAGGUCCAGACAAUAUAGCGGUCAACAACGGAAAGAUCGUGGAUAAUCAGGGGAAUCUAAAAAAUCUAUCCUCAUUGGUACCUGAUGGAUGUUACAUACAAGACGGAGUAGUCUACGAUAAGAAUGGACAAAUGUUAAAACAAGGUGCGUUUAAGCCAGAUGGAUGUUACAUCCGGGACGGUCUUAUAUACGGCUGGGGAGGCCAAUUAUUGAACGCGGGAUCUGAAUUACCUGGUGGCAGUUAUAUCGAAGAAGGUAGGCUAUACGGAAAGGACGGUAAACCUUUAAAUCAUGAAGCGUUCGGUAUCGAUGGUAAUUUCAUCGAAAACGGUAUUAUUUAUGGAAAAGAUAGAAGACCACUCGCUCACGGUGCGUUCGGCAAUGACGGCAGUUACAUACAAAAUGGUUUACUGUACGGACCAAAUGGUAAGCCACUGAACAAAAGACAGACCAUAAUCACUGUUACAUACGUCCGCUACGGCUUGGUUUACGGUGAUGAUGGGAAACCAUUGAGAUACGGUAAUUUUGAUAAUGAAGGCAGUGUAGUAAAAAAUGGUAGGAUUUAUGAUGACGCGGGAAGAUACCUCAAUCAAAGCAUUUACGGCCCGGAUGGUAACUUCAUUAAAGAUGGUCUGAUUUAUGGACAUAACGGAAAACCUCUUUCUCAUGAUAACUUACAGCCGGAAAGCAGUUACAUAAAAAAUGGCAAGGUUUACGACGCGAAUGGUCAGCCAUUGACUCAGGAGGCAUUUGGACCGGAAGGUCUGAAAGUUAUACAGGGUGUUGUUGUAGACAAAACUGGGAAACCGGUAAAGCACACAAAUUUUGAUGUUGAGGGGAAUGUUGUUAAGGACGGAAUAAUUUGCGCGCCUACUGGAAAACCACUCAAUAAACAUUUUACGACCAUCACGAUCACGAUGGUACGUAAAGGACUGAUAUGUGACAAGGAUGGAAAGCCAGUUGCACAAGCGCCGUUUGGAACUGAUGGUGGUUUUGUCAAAGACGGCAAGAUAUAUGACAAAUUCGGAAAACCGUAUAAUCAGGAACUCUUCGGCGAGGAUGGAUCGUACGUGAAGGACGGUGUGAUAUAUGGAAACAACGGCCAACCGGUGGACAGCACGACAAUACUGAAGGAUUUGCAGGAGCUGUCAAAAUCCAGUCCUACGAAAUUAAAGAGACCUGCAGUUCCAGCUGUAAUACCAACAAUCGUGAAAACAACGACCAAGCAAUCGGUGGUCAAGGAUCAGGAAGGUGUGACGCAAAAUAUUCAAGAAAAGAUCGAGGAUCUUACACCCGGUGGUACAGGUCAAGUCAUGGUCUCCACUCACGUCAACAAGGCAGAGGCACCAGAUGAUGGUAGAACUCCAUACAUGACAGCGACAGCUGUUACUACACGUACUGCGACUAUGCAUGAGGAUCUUGAGAAGAAUCAGAAGACAAGUCAGGUAGAGGAAAAAACUGUAGCGCAUACAACCGCGACCAGUGCGACGAGACAGGAGCAACGUGUAGUAACACAAGAGGUUCGAACCACGAGUCAUGUGCUUUCAGGUGAACAGCUGUUCUCACGAAGGCUAAGUACAUCGAGCUCGAGCAGCGGAGAUUCGGGUACCCCGAUUGAUCUUGACGAUGACCAACAAGCUUUCUACAAUCAAUAUUAUCAGGGAGAUCCAGCUGUGAUCGCAACGGAGAAGCACGUUUACACGGGAGAACCUGAUAGUAACGUAACAACGACAACUACAGUACCUGUUGUGGCAACUGAAACAAGAAAAGUAGCUCUCGAAAGUGAAGAUGGUAAUUAUAGUGCUACAGGAGAGAUAGUUAGUUCGCAAACUAUAUCCAGUAAAACCCGUACUGUUGAAACUAUCACGUAUAAAACAGAAAAAGAUGGCGUAGUUGAGACUCGAGUGGAGCAAAAAAUAACAAUACAGUCGGAUGGUGAUCCGAUUGAUCAUGAUCGGGCUUUAGCAGAAGCGAUACAAGAGGCCACUGCUAUGAAUCCGGAUAUGACAGUGGAAAAGAUAGAAAUACAGCAGCAAACAACGCAGUAA